UCCUCCCUCAGCUGCAGGAGAUGAGCUGCCCCGCAGUCUUUGCUGCCGCUGUUUUCUCUCCUUCCUCCUCCUACCUCCUUCUCCUCCUCCUCCUCCUCUCCUCCUCCCGCUGCUUCUGUCUAUCUGUCCAGUCUGGGUAUGUUGACCAACGUGGCCUGAUCGAGCUCCGUAGAUUGUCCCCUUCAUCUUCACCCUGCCUGGACGUUUUUGUCCCACGAGGAUCGGAGCCAUCCUGAUCUGAUCUGGCUUGAAGGUUGUGCUUUGUACGCCCUGUUCUCCAGCCUCAAAAAUCGUUGAGAGGUCUCUGAAACCAUGGCUGUGGCCGGAUGUCCGGAUUACUUCCUGCAUCAUCCAAAUUAUCAGCAGGACAACAUAGACCGCUCAUCCAAUCACCGACAGGCUGACCUCAUUCGUCCAAGCUUUCAGCCAUCAACCAAUCAGAGUUCUCCAAACCAUCAAGAUGAUGACGUCGACUUGGAGGCCUUGGUGAAUGAUAUGAACUCCUCGCUGGAGAGCCUGUACUCCAACUGCAGCGGCCAGCAGACAGAGAUAACCCCGCUACUGCAUAAUGGACAGAACACUUGUUCACAACAUCACCCCCACCAUCAUCAUCAUCAUCAUCAUCAUCAUCAUCAUCAUCACACACAACACAGCCAGCCACGGCAUCACCACGCCUCCCCAGAGCCUCCAUCGUCCUCCUCUGCGAAUGUGAACACUCCUCAGACUAAGCUCAGGCGCUCGCAACCCAUGCACAUCCUUGCUGUCAGGAAGUUGCAGGAGGAGGAGCAGCAGUUCAGGACGUCGUCUCUUCCAGCCAUUCCCAACCCUUUCCCUGAGCUUUGCAGUCUUGCAAGUUCCCCUGUCCUCAGUCCCGGGUCACUACCUCCUGGAGAAUCUUCUUCAGAAAAACAUAUUGUGAAGAUCUUUAGCGAGGACGGCAUGUGCAAAGUUGUGGAGAUUCCAGCCGACAUGACGGUCAGGCAUCUGUGCCAGCUCCUGGUGUAUAAAAGCCACUGUGUGGAUGACAACAGUUGGGCACUUGUUGAACACCACCCACUGCUAGGACUAGAGCGCUGUCUAGAAGACCACGAGCGGGUGGUUCAGGUCCAGGCCUCCAUGAGUAGCGACAGUAGAUUCCUCUUCAGGAAGAACUAUGCCAAAUAUGAAUUCUUCAGAAACCCUCUGACAUUUUUCCCGGACCACAUGGUCGCAUGGUGCCAGGAAAACGAUCAUAAAAUUCCGCCAUCUCAACUCCUGCAGAACUUCCUUUCGCCCAGCACCUGCCCAGAAAUCCAGGGAUAUUUGUACAUGAAAGACAUGGGCAGGAAGUCUUGGAAAAAGGUUUACAUGUUCCUGCGCCGCUCAGGACUCUACUGCUCUGCAAAAGGAACCUCAAAGGAGCCCAGAUAUUUACAGUUGCUAGCAGACCUGGAGGACAACAAUAUCUUCACUGUCAUCACAGGCAAAAAGCAACAUGGUGCGCCCACAGACUACACCUUCUGUUUCAAACUUAAUAAAGCCAUAGGAGAAACAAAGGAGCUGAGGAUGCUGUGUGCAGAGGACGAACAAAGCAGGACCUGUUGGAUGACUGCUUUCAGAAUCUUUAAGUAUGGGAUCAUAUUGUACCAGAACUAUAAGCAAAGGAAAGCAUUGCUUUCACACUUUUCAGCUCCAGUGAGGAGUGUAUCGGAAAACUCCCUCGUGGCAAUGGAUUUCUCAGGGAGGAUAGGUCGGGUGAUUGAUAACCCGAUCGAGGCUCAGAGUGCUGCCUUGGAGGAGGGACAUAUGUGGAGGAAGAGAAAUCGAGUGAAUGCUUUAGGUUCCCACAGUCCCUUACACCAAGCUUCACUUAACUCGGUCAUCCACAUAGCUCAGCUGUGGUUCUACGGCAGGAUAACCAGAGAGGAAUCCCAUCGCAUUAUCCACCAGCAGGGACAAGUAGAUGGGUUGUUUCUGCUGAGAGUCAGUCAGAGUAACCCAAAGGCCUUUGUCCUCACUUUGUGCCAUCAUCAGAAAAUCAAACAUUUUCAGAUCCUACCGUGUGAAGAGGACGGCCAGGUCUUCUUCAGCCUCGAUGACGGCGAAACCAAAUUCACAGACCUGAUUCAGCUGGUGGAGUUCUACCAGCUCAACAGGGGCGUCCUGCCUUGUAAACUCAAACAUCCGUGCACCGUCGUGGCCUUAUGACAUCUUCGGACCAUGUGACCAUCUGAAACUUGACUUGACUCUGCCUGAAAACUAACAGACAAAGCGGAGGGGAACACUGUUCUCUCUGUCGUUUGUUCUUACCUUUCCAAGAAGCUGGUGAAUUGACUGAUGUGUCGCUGUUGUCGUUUUCUAUUGUGAGUCUGCUGGACGUUGCUGACUGGCUGGAUUUUUUUUUUUUUUUUGUCCCUCCUGAUUUUCUUGGACGUUUUGUGGAAGCCGAUGCACGACUUGCUCAUGGGGUUCCACUUUUAAGAAGAAAAAAAAAAAAAAAAGCAAAGAUAAAAGAAAUGAACGCUGCCAUUUUGUGUCGUCACUGUUGCAAAAUUGCUUCAUGAGAUGCCGGCAAUAUUCAUCAAUAAGCUUGGGGGAGAGGGUGCCUCAAGGGUUAUCUCUCAAGAAUCGACUUGAUUUCUCUUAAACUGGACAAUCAGCAGGACAGUUGAAGCUAUUGUGUGGACCAUUUGGUUUCCUUCUAACUUACUGCAGUGUCAUGUAAGCUGUUGAUGGCACAUUUUCAAAAUGGAUAUCAUGGAUGGAGACUAUGUUCCGUUGGUUUUAAAAGUCGCUGCGGUGCACAUGGCCUUUAAAGGUGCAUGGCAUCUCUUUAGGUGCAUUACUCAACUAGACAUGGUGCCACCACACCAUGUCGUUUUUGGCGUGAAUGGGCAUGCCCAAAUUUUACCGUGAAUUACAUCUGAAGGCACCUGAAUCCUUUUCAGUCUUUGAAAUGAUACGUUUGUCAAAUCUGUACUGUCCUCCCUUUUAGACAUUUCCUCUGCACAGCUCCUCAAAUAAUUCCGUUUUUGUAUUUUUUUGCCCCCCCACCAUCUGAAUGUUUGUAGCUCUAUAUAGGUCACAUUAGCCAUGGCAGAUCACUUGGUGCACAGCAUUCUGGGUUGUCACACCAUCUCCAAAAUUUCUGUUUCGAAAUAUCCACAAAACAGUCACAUUUUUUCAUAAUUUUACCAUUCAGUCAUUAGCAGCUAAGUCAGAGCAAAUAUACUAGACAGACAGCUGAUUGUAUUGUUCAGUUUUUUUUAAAUUCAGGUAUGGUAAAAGGAGCUUGGGAAGGGGACUAUAUUAUUGCAUUCAUAUGAAUAUAAACUGGCCCAUUUUAAAGACUUGAUUCAACUUGCUAUCAUUCAGCUUUGGAUAAUUUCUGCCUUUCAUGCAAAAGUUUUCCACAAACAUCUGGAUGGCCCAUUUCACAUUGGACUAAGAGUCCAAUGCAAUUCUAAAAAUUUGCCCUUGCACGUUCUUGGAAAGGUCUGCAGUGAGCAUCCAUGAGACACGUAAUAGAGUGCGAAAUUUAGCUCAUUUGUUUUGAAAAGAACUUAAGUGUUCAGAUUGUGGUGGUUCAUAAAGUAAGCGGUUCAUAAACUAUAGGGUACCACCUCGAAGGGACAAAGUUGUCUCCUCCUCCACGGCUGUUCUGACGCUCAUGGUAGAGAUGGAAAAAUCUCUCCCAGACACAGAAAGAAACUCUAGGUUAUGUGGAAACAUCCUCAUAAUGUAGAUGUUGUAAUUUGUUGAGUACUGUGAAAAGAGAAGCAUCCUCAUCCUCACGGUUUGAAUGACAGUUCAUCGAGAUCCUGGAGACUGUAAUCCACUCUUAAUCCAGUGUGAUGUGGGCCUUGUGAAAUGACAGGAAACACAAAACAGAAUGCUGUCGAUUGCGUGAAAAACAUUCGACCCAGAUUGUGCUGCAACUUUAACAUUUGUUCCAUAAACUCUCACCUGAAAAGGGCAUGCCUGGAAAUACAGCAUAGUGUUCUCUGUAAUUCAAUAAGUGUGGCCUUUUUCCCCCUUGGCUUACUUGUACACAGACAAUAUUAAAUGCCACCUCUGUUGUCUUCUUAUAAUUUUAAAUGGCAAAACUCUAUACAAGCUGCUGGUAUCAUGUAAAUUGUAUUUGUAAAAAACAGAAGCACAUUUGAAAUGCAUUUAAAACAAAGGAUUUAGACACUUUCUGCAUUAUUCUCGUUACACAUUAUGUAGCUUGCUACUGAAUGUUAACCCAAAAGGAUUGAUUGAGAUAAAUUUAGUGGCUAUGUUAGUUCUUUAAGCAAUGUCUGUUUAUUUGUCUUUCACUCUCACCAGAACAGUUGUUGGAAAAUGUUGGCUUGAAAUGUUUCUUACUUGAUUCCCUUUUGUGAUUGGCUAAGACCCUGUUUCUGUAAUUAACAAGAGCUAAAUAGUUUUAUUGUUAGAGUUGGAUAUUUACUUUAUAUCAACAGAAAACCUAAUGAAAAGCAAAAUCUAUUUAACCCUAAACUCCACUUGUAAGCUUGAAGUCCUUUUUGUGUUUUACUUUCUUUUUGUCACUUUUCACAAGUUGCUGCCAAUGCGUAGAGUAUCCUGCUGUGAAAUGUCUUUCAUAAAUAGCAGUCAUUUUUUAUCAUUUGUACUCCUGAGCUUUUAGAUUUUUCUUUUUGUUGUUUUUAGUUCAGGGCAUCUUUGGUUGCCUUGUUUAGCUAAACAGCCAGCGGAUUUUUAGAUAUAUGUACUUUCGUACAUCAACAGCCAUCUUUUAUUGACCUGCAGGUUGUUAAAGGAUUUAUGUAGAUGACUUGAGACGCAGAAUAGCGGCACUAUGUUGUCUCUCUGUGCAAGGUCAUCAUAAUUUAUCUAAGAUGCAAUGACAUUUUCUUUUUUUUUUAUUUGAUUGUCUGGUUUUUAUUGAUGCAGCAGUGUGUAUUUAUUUAUCUGGAUGUGUCUGAUUACUUGAAAAAUUUAGACUUUUUUUUUUGUUCUGUCUUAGCGCUGUCUCUGCUGUUUUUCGCUUGUCAUUACCAUGAAAUCAUUGUGACUAUUAUAUUUGUAAUGACAUUACCUGAAAUUAUGUUUUCCUUUUUGUUUUAAAUAUUCCCCCAAAAAACAUUGAGAUACACAAAUUUCAAUUUUGUGGCCAAUUUCCUCUCCUACUUUUGUACAAAUGCUUUGAGCUUCACAUACGGAGGUUAGCCUGUUCUAGCUUCUCUUUGAGAACUAUAAAAUAAGAAGAUAAAAGAAGCAUUUAGAUCCCUUAGUUCAAGCCUCCCUGUUGUGAGCAUUCAAUAAUUAUUUAUAUUAGGAGCAGAUUCUAAGUCAUGCUUCUCACUGUAAAACUGUGCUUUGCUAAUAUUUUCUAACAAAGGCAAAAUGAUUAAGGAUUUCACAUUUUAAGCUUGCUUUAAUAACUGAUAUCAGUGAGUAGCAUAAUUAGAUUAACUAAAAUGGCAGUAACAUUUAAAACAAACGCAAAAUAAUUAUGGGGUUCACAUUUUAAGUUGGUUUUAGCAACGUAUGUUAGCGACGUGUGCUUUUUUUUCUUAGCAUAACUAGAAACAGUCUGUAUUUUCUAGAGAAUGUAGAAUUCCAAAGAGACUCCCAGCAUUUCCAAAUCCAGCAUGUUCUUGGAAUGACAGAGGUUAAGAGCUAAAAGAGAUUAACGUUGCUGUACUUUGUUUAGCUCAUCUGUUAUUUGCUGAAAGUCUUGCUCUCUCUCACCCUCUCGCGGCGCAAUUUAACCACAGGCCUGUCUCAUUAUGUCUUUGGAAACUCAGUUCCUUUCUAAAAUGCUUUCACCUUUGUCCUUCCUUUGAAUUUAUCUUAAACACCUUACUGAUUCUAAAAAUUGAUAAGACACAGUCUCCUACCCUCAGUUACUGUCUCCAUCCCAAAGAGCAUUACUUCCAGUGUGCCAGGUACCGCCUAGCUUGGUGCAGACAGUGAGUUGAAAAAGAAGCUUUGAUCAAGAUGUCAAUCUGCAGAUUAUGAUUUCUCAUUUCAUAUACAUUCAAAUGAUAAGUAUCACAAAGUUAUGGUUAAAGCACACUGACAAUAUUAAUGUCAAUUUUAACCUUGAGAAUGAACAGCACGAUGAAUGUUGUAAAAAUAAAAUCACAAUUAGGAAAGAAGAAAAUAGGGUUUUUUACUGAAAAUACCAAUGAAUAUGCAUAUUCAAUAACCUCUUUUCUGAAGCUGUUCUCACUCUCCAAGUCUGUUAAAUGUGUAACUUAAGAAAACCACUAGGUGUCACAAUAGAGCAACAGUUUACAUCUGAAACAUAGAGAGUCAAGACAAAUACCUAAUUCAAAAUCAGUGUCAAAAGGUUCAGUCUGCGUAGAUAAUGAGUAUAAACUGGCCUUAAUAGACACAGAAAUAGGAAGUAUCUCUCUAUUGGACUCUUUACCUCAAGGUUCCUUAGCCAGUGGAGAAUCAAAAACAGCACAAGCAGCCUUAACAAAC